UGCGCAUUAAUGUGUGUCUGUGUGUCUUUCCGGCUGCACAUGCUUGAUUGUAAAGAAACCGGGAAAAUCACAGUAAAAACUUUAAAAUGAGGCCUAUAUUGCUUCAAGGGCAUGAGCGUUCCAUCACACAGAUCAAGUACAACAGGGAAGGAGAUUUGUUGUUUUCAUGUUCUAAAGACAACAUCCCCAAUGUGUGGUAUUCUUUAAAUGGAGAAAGACUGGGCACAUUUAAUGGGCACAAUGGUGCCAUUUGGUGUGUGGACGUGACCUGGGAUUCAACAAGGGUAAUGACAGGAUCAGCUGAUAACUCCUGUAGACUAUGGGACUGCGAAACAGGAAAAGUUGUCAGUAAUCUUCCAACAAAAACAGCAGUAAGGUCUUGUGGUUUCUCAUAUGGUGGAAAUAUUGCCAUGUACACUACAGACAAGACUAUGGGCCAGCCUUCAGAAAUACACAUCUAUGAUCUAAGGGACAGUAAUUCAAUAGCCAAUGCUGAUCCACUAAUGGUGAUGCCAGCAGGAGACAGUAAAAUCACAGCUUCUAUAUGGGGACCUUUGGAUGAAUUUAUUAUCACAGGUCAUGAGAAUGGAGCUUUGAGACAAUGGGAUUUUAAGUCUGGGGAUCUGGUACAUCAAGUCAAAGACCACAAUAAGCAAAUAAAUGAUAUUCAGACUUCCAAAGACAAAACGAUGGUGAUAACAGCCUCCAAGGAUUGCACAGCUAAGUUAUUUGAUACAGCUACUCUUAAACACAUGAAAACAUAUAGGACAGAGAGGCCAGUUAACUCUGCAUCUAUUUCUCCACUCAUGGAUCACGUUGUACUAGGUGGUGGACAGGAGGCUAUGGACGUGACUACAACAUCCUCAAGGAUAGGGAAGUUCGAUGCUAGGUUCUACCAUCUUAUAUUUGAGGAGGAAUUUGGUAGGGUCAAGGGGCAUUUUGGGCCAAUUAACAGUCUGGCUUUCCAUCCAGAUGGCAAAAGCUACAGCAGUGGUGGUGAAGAUGGAUUUGUCAGAUGUCAUCAGUUUGAUUCACCAUAUUUUGAGUUUGACUUUGAAGUUCAAUAAGUUAUUCUUGCUGAACAAUCAUCAAAUUGAAGAAAAACUGAUAAUAUAUUCCACCCAGGAUUGAUACAUAUUGGAUAUUUAAAAAGAUAACUAUCUCACUGAAGAAUAUUGUCAUGAGCAUGAUUAUGAUGUAUAAGCUUAUCAAACAUGCAAUGCCAAAUGGAAACAGAAAUGGACUUUUAAAGUGGUAUAUAAUAUCAAAGAAAAAAAAGUAAUAAUCAUAUUUAUCUUUUAAGUCAACAAAUAAAAAAAAUCACCUUU